AUGUAUCAGCCCCCAUGUGCGCAUGCCUGCCGCUCAUCAAUAACAAACCCCCUGAAUUGCUCCAUGAGCUCGGAUGAUGGCAUGCGCAUGUCAUGGAUGACCGAGGAGACUCCAAGCCCAGAAUGCUACGCGGAAAACGAUGCCUUCUUACAGACCCUGGCGUACUGCAUAUACUCACAUUGUCACACCUCGGCAAACUCCAGCCUGCAAAGAUAUUGGGAAAAGUACGUCGUCGGGAACGAGCAAGACCAACCGCAACCGAAAGCAUCCUACCACGAGGCCCUUCUAAGUAUAGGCUUUGCGCCAAAUAUCACGGUAAACUCAUCUAUCGUGUUAGACUCAGCUUCGCUUGUAUCCCAAGAUCUCUACACUCUCAAUUAUCGGACACUGUCGGUGUUUGAGAAGGUAGAAAGUUCACACGAAAGAUAUGGUCUCGUUCUCCUCCUCACCGGCGCGAUCAUCCCAAUCGGGCUCUCGCUUAUCCGCUUCGUUCCAGUCCCCGCAAGAUGGAAGGCGGGCUUUGAGGCAUACAUGAUCGCCCCUCCACUGAUAGGCAACCGACACCAGGUCCCAUUCUUCAACACCUUUCUCAUGCCCACAAGAGGGCAGGCUCUGUUUAUAGCCUACCUGAUCGUCAUCAACGUGGUCCUGUGCGCCGUCGGCAUCGAGGCUGCUCGUCCUAGUACGUGGUAUGAUUCCAACCAGCGCGAGGUCGUCACAUACGUCAGCAACCGUGCUGGUAUUCUAAGCUUUGCCAAUAUCCCGCUGCUAGUUCUCUAUUCGAGCCGUAACAAUUUCCUCCUUUGGCUGACCGACUGGUCUCAUUCCACCUUCCUACUACUCCACCGCUGGGUCGCUGCUAUCUGCGUCCUUGAAGCCUGCCUCCACUCCGUAAUCUACUUACAAAUAUACGAUUCCAAAGGAGAAUAUGUCACAGAAAGCAAGCUUCCAUACUGGUACUGGGGUGUUAUUGCGACGCUGGCGAUGGCAAUCAUAAUCCCUGCGUCUAUCCUACCGAUCCGCCAGAGGUUCUAUGAGCUAUUCCUUGCAUGGCACGUGGUAUUCUUUCUCCUGGCCCUAGCGGGAUGCAUUAUGCAUAUCUACUAUCGGUAUACCUUUCAGUGGGGGUACCAGAACUGGAUCUACAUGGCAUUGGCGAUAUGGGGCUUUGAGCGAGUGUUCCGCAUCCUACGAAUCGCACGAUACGGGAUCCGGACUGCUCACAUUUGCGUUGUUGAUGAUGAUUAUAUCAAGAUGGAGAUCCCCGGUGUAGAAGCCCAGGGUCAUGUCUAUCUCUAUUUCCCAACUCUGACGUGGAGAGUCUGGGAGAACCAUCCUUUCUCAGUCAUGACGGAUCUGAGGGGUCACGCCGAUUUGGAGGCCCCCACUACCAUGCUCAAGGACGACAGGGCUAGAGUCACCAUAGUUUCAACGGAUGCACCAUUCACCCCGGAAAAAGUGUUCCUGGCUGAAGCGGAUCGUGCACGUUACCAACGAUCGCUGUUAAUAUAUAUCCGAACGCACUCAGGCAUCACCAAAUUUCUCCGAGGUCCACGUUUGCAAUUGCCGGUCCUCGUUGAGUCAGCGUACCAUCCUGUAUCUCUGUUCAAAACUAACGCGUCAAAUACGACCAAUAUCAUCGCGAUUGCGGGAGGUGUUGGCGUCACGGCCUUGACGCCUAUGCUCCUAGGCCAUGAUGGGUGGCAUAGGCUUUUCUGGGCGGUGCGUAGCAAGCCGUUGGUUGAGUCCAUGGCGUCCUCGCUCGGUGCAGACAGGUUUGGUCGACUAAAUGCAGAGGUGUUCCAUGAUUGCCGCAUGGAUAUUUCUCGAAUCCUUCGCGAGGAGGUUUCAAAGUGUGCGGGAACAGAGGUUGCGGUGGUCGUCAGUGGUCCCCCCAAGAUGGCGGAUGAGGUGCGAAAUAUCGUGACAAGAUUGAUGGGAGAGAACCCGACAGUGAAGUUGUCUCUGGUUGAGGAAUCCUUUAGUUGGUAG